AUGGGGGACAUGUCGCCCCUGUCCCUUCUGAGCGACGACGAGUGCGAUGAAGAUGGGGACAUCACGAUGAGUAAUGUGCGUGAGGAUGUUAAGGAGGCUCUCGAUUCGCAGGAUGACUUGGACAUGUCGCAGGGCAUGGGACACAUGUCGCUCGGCGAGGGUCAGGAUCGCAGGGACGGCUCGACGUCGCCAGAUCCUCUCGCGCUCAACGACAGCACGAAGGACGUCAGCAGAUAUUCGCCCAAGCCGGAUCCAACUACGUUGUUCGACGAGGACGAGCAAACCCUGCAAGGGCCAAGUGAAGGCCGAUCUUCCACCGUCUAUGAGGUCCACGACGACGAGGUGCAAGCAAGGACCGGCGGUGUUCCUGCUGCGCAGUUCUAUGGCACCGCCCCGCAAAAGAAGGCCACGCGCACCUACCAGCAGGCUAGGUCGGAGAAGGCGAAGGGGAAGCAACGCGCCGCGCCUGAUGCCACGUCGGACGACGUCGAGGUUCAGGAUGGGGUGGCAGAACCUGAGCUUCUGCGCAGUGACCAGACGCUUGUCAUAACGUUCGACUCGCUCGGAAGUCAACAUCGUUCAGCGAUCAACCAACUCAACGCUUACCUCGGGCUCGAGGCUCGUGACAAGAAACAGGUGGAGAACGUGUCGGACGUCAAGGGGAAAAUGGCUUCGGUUCCCGUGCAACCUAACUUCUGUGACUGCGGCGUGUACCUGAUACACUUCUUCCGCACCUUCCUGAGCGAUCCUGAGUCUUUCCUGCGCACGAUCUGCGCGGACCGCAAGAGGAAUAGAGGCGAUCACAACGAGCGCAAGCGGGCCUGGCGCGAGCAUGAAGUAGGGACCUUGCGGCAGGAGCUGCGGGACAUCAUUCGCAAAGAGUCCGAGGACUACAAGGUCGCGAAGGCGCAGAAGGAGAGGGAGAGAGAGGAGGCGAAGAAGAAGAAGGCAGAGGAUGCCGUAGAGUCGGACUCGUCGGGUUCUGAGAUUGACAUUGUGGAGGUGAGCGGGCCUCCGCCGUCCGCGUCGAAGGCGAAGACGGGUAGCCAGGGCGGGGGUAGGAAAGCGGCGCCCAGGUCGAAGAGGUGA